CUUCGUCUCACCAUGAAGUGGAUCAUUCUUGCUUGCUGUGUUGCUGUUGCAUUUGGCGCUGCGAGUCGUCGUGCUGUUGAAUGUCAUGUUGACUCUGACUGCUCAUGUCCUAACCAUGGCGAAAUUGCAUCUUGUAACCAACAUAUGUGUCAAUGUUCACAUGAUCACGGAGGUGGUGGUCGACGUGCUGUUGAAUGUAAGGUCGACGCUGACUGCACAUGCCCUAACCAUGGAGAAAUUGCAUCUUGUAACCAACAUAUGUGUCAAUGCACACACGAUCAUGGAGGUGUCGGGAAAAGGGAAACUGUUGCCUGCACUAAUGUAACAACUUGUACCACUCUUUGUGCCCCAAACGUUGGUGAAUGUAAGCAUGACAAAUGCCACUGUCAUCACGAGACUCCGUAA